CUUCCCUGUAUUGCGCGCGGGUGGUGUGGAACGUAACCCCAGCGGUGGGGGCGCCAUUAAUGUGUGACAAGAGUUUAUUUUGACAACAUGCUGGACGAUAUCGUGUAACAGGUUGCGUAUGUGUGAUACUUUCUUUUUCCUUCUUUUUCUUUCUCUUUAUUUUUAUUUUUCUGUGCAAGCAAGCACUUAAUAUUUUAAUGAUUUGCUUGUGCAAUGUUCCCGAAGCACGAUGCCUGGGUUGUGUGCGCGCGCGCGUGCGCACUCCCGCCGCCCUCUCCAAAAAACUUGAUGAACUUGAUUUCCCCUCGUUAAUAAUAAUGCGGAAGUAGUCCCGGCCACAUGGGUCAAUGAAUCGUUUGUCUUUCCAUUUUUACAGUUAAUGAUUUGCGACAUAUCAGUGACGACUAAUCGUCGAAGGCUUCGAAUGCUCUUUUUGUUUUCUCUCUCUCUCUCUCUCUCACUCUUUCUAUCGUCUCAACGCUGUGGCUGAUUUCCCGUCGAAAUAUGAAUUUGUCCACUUGCAUAAUCCUGCUGCUCAAGUGCCUCGCCGCCUGUUCGCAAGUUCUGAUGAAAAGCAGCAUCUACCUGGACUGUUCCGCCGACAAAAAGUCCGAAGUGUUCACAGUCAAUGGCAAUGAGCUCGCUUAUGCGGAUUACGGCCAGAAAAAGAUGGUGUACACCAUUCCCAGGUUUAUGGUUUUCGAUCCGAGUAGACAGUUUGAACACAUAUUUUCAGUCAAAUACUUGGAGAGGGAUGCCCGAUACUGCCGGGACGCUUUGGCCAUUGCGAAACAAGAGGUCAGGUUUCCGGCAAACAUCGAAGACCCCCCAGAGAGUGUCCUCUACCUGGCAGAGGAGCUUCAGUCGGGUCAAGCAAACAACACCUUGAUCUGCUUCCUGGAUCGUUUCUUCCCACCCGACCUCCAAGUCCACUGGAGCAAGAACGGCGAGGCGGUGUCAGAGGGCGCCACCCUCAGUCGCUAUUACCACAACGAGGAUCUCACCUUCCGCAUCUUAGCAACGCUGAGUUUCGCGCCAAAGGAGGGCGACGUCUACGGCUGCACCGUGGACCACUCGGCCCUGGACAAGCCAAAGACCGUCUUCUUGGAGGUGGAGUUCAGUCAUCCCGGCGCGGGAGCGGACGUCUUCUGUGCCGCGGGCUUGGUCGUGGCCUUGCUUGGAUUCGGUUCUGGAGUUUUCCUUGCAGCCCGAAGGCGAUAUGCAACACGUGUUUAAGGAUUUGAAGCCACGCAUUUGGGGACUGGCGUCGCCACUUUUCCGAACUGCGACCCUGCUUGCCAAAUGACUUGACUUGAUCUUUCGCAAAGACGCAACCGGCGCUUUGCCGCCGUCUCCACGGGUGCGUCUCCAACUCCCGUUUUAUCAGCGAACCUGUCAGACGCUAUCAGACUCGAGUCUAAACUCCAGUUAUGAUUUGCUUGGGUUAUGCUUGCCAAAAUCAUCCGAUUAGUCUUGACUUUGGACCUGCUAGCCAAGAGACUAACGACACGACUCGACGUGUUCAUGACUCCUCUCGUUUGGAGUUGGAAAUCAGCAUUGUACGUCAGACCGUUUGCUAGUUUUACUUCUUGAAAGUGAGAAAGGUUUUCAGAGGUCGUUGGUGCCAAGGUGGUGCCGGUUUGCGUUGUUGCGCGCUUAGCAUUGUGACGUAGAACCGUGGAGGCGGCUCCUGAGACAAAACAAUUUGGAUUCAACUAUCAAGCAAGACCCCGAUGACGUUUGCAGAAAGAGGACAACAACCUGGCCCGUUUUACAUGUCGCCGCAUUAAACACAUAACAGUAUGCUACGAGUAUGCUAAUUUAGCACUUUGGCUAGCUGGUCAACAAUGUACUUUCAAAGAACAAGAAUGGUGUCAUUUUGAACAUUUCUAUUCCGCUUGAAGGUGCCAGAACCUUUUUUUUUCGCACGUCUAACUUUUGUCCCUCUCAUGCGAUCUAUAAUUGCUUUUGUGUAUUUACACACUUGGCCAAUAAAACUGAUUCAGAUUCUGUCGCAGAACGCAGCCCCUGCAAAAGAAGGCCAACCACUCCACGCACAAGUGACUCGUUGUUGCGAGUGUUGUCGAGAUUAAAAAAUAAAUCAAUUGCAGAGACUUAAACGUGAAGUGUCAUCCCUAUAAACAUUGUAAAAUAGAUAUUGUAAUGAAAAAUACAUUAUUCACUUCAAGGUCUAUACGAAAAAAUAAAUGUGAGCGGAGAGCGCGUCACCCAUGCGCAAAGUUUCUCACGCCAAUGUCAAGUCCGCAAUUCAUCUUUUGAUGCCGGAAAUGAAGAAAAUCGGUGACCUAGAGCAACACAACAAGAUUUACGGUAAAUGUGAUUCAUUUUACGACAAAGGGCGUCGGUCUGAAUCUGUC